CGGCGCCGCCGUCGUCCAGUCCGAGCGCGUCUCCGCAACUGUCUCCUCGUGGUGCGACCCUCGAGCCUCGCACUCGGCGUGGCGGCGGCGGCGGCGACUGGAGGGAGCAGAAGCGGGCGGGCGGCGGGCUCCAUGGAGAGCGGCGGACGCCGGAGCAGAGGCGGCGCUUCCUCCCCGGCACCCGGGCUCCAGUGACCCGCGCUCGCGCCUCGCCCCGCGUCGGAGCGGCCGCCGGCCCCGGGGCCGACCAGCUUCGCCGCCUGCUCACCCCGCGCCGCCGCCUCGCCGCCCGGCACCCCUGCGCCCGCCUCGCCUCGGCCCCACUCCCCGGCGGGGUGGCGGCGGCCGGGCCCCCGCCGCGGCGCCUGGAGGAGCAGCGGCCGCCAGAACCCGCCUCUAUGAUGAAGUUCAAGCCCAACCAGACGCGGACCUACGACCGCGAGGGCUUCAAGAAGCGGGCGGCGUGCCUGUGCUUCCGGAGCGAGCAGGAGGAUGAGGUGCUGUUGGUGAGCAGCAGUCGGUACCCAGACCAAUGGAUUGUACCAGGAGGAGGAAUGGAGCCCGAGGAGGAGCCUGGCGGUGCUGCCGUGAGGGAGGUUUAUGAAGAGGCUGGAGUCAAAGGAAAAUUGGGCAGACUCCUAGGCAUAUUUGAGCAGAACCAAGACCGAAAGCACAGAACAUAUGUCUACGUUCUUACUGUCACUGAAAUAUUAGAAGAUUGGGAAGAUUCUGUUAAUAUAGGAAGGAAGAGAGAGUGGUUCAAAGUAGAAGAUGCUAUCAAAGUUCUCCAAUGUCAUAAGCCUGUACAUGCAGAGUAUCUGGAAAAACUGAAGCUGGGUUGUUCUCCAUCCAAUGGAAAUUCCACAGUCCCUUCUCUUCCAGAUAAUAACACCUUGUUUGUAACUGCUGCACAGACCCCUGGCUUGCCAUCUACUAUAAGAUAGAAUGUGCAACCUCAUGGGGAGAGGCUUCUCCAUUUUCCUUGGCAAACAUCUGAAUGACGCUUGCAAACUGUCUGAAUUUGCCAUACAAGGUUUUCAAACAAUUUGCAUGUUUUUCAGAUGCUUUGUAUCUUUUUUUUAAUAGUGUAAAAUAUUUUAAUAAGCCAAAGCCACGUGGAGUUUUUUUUGUUUGUUUGUUUUUUAGAUGCCUUAACUGUGCCCGGACCCUCCCACCCUCUGUGUUAUUUUGGUUGUCAUUUUUGUUUUUCCAGUUUUUCUUCCAUUUGAUGUCAGUCAGUGGUUUCUGUCAGAUCACCUUACUUGUGGGUAUGUUUUACCCCCCCCAAUUUGUUUUCUCAUUCACAGCAUUAAUGUAUUCAACAAAUCCUUCUGUUGUGGGAAUUUGCAAAAAUAAUUCUUGAUAUUAAAACUUUUUCAUAGUAUCAAUUUUAAUUCAUAAAUUUCAUAUUUGGAAUAUUUCUUUAUGGCCCAAUAUUUUGACAAAGGACUUAAUUUGCUAUUUUCAGGAAUUUGCCAACUAAUUUGUUUCCAUUCUUACAACUGAUAUUAUGUCGCUAACAUUGCUCAAUAGCCCUUUAACACAAAAUUUUAACUAUUAGAGUUGGCAAUUUUUAGAGAGGUAUUGUAAGCAAAACACAUGUAGCAAAUACUUCAUCUUAUCAUGAAAUCUGGAUUUAUGGCAUUUGAGUUAGCACACCCAAUUGCCAAUUCCUUUUAUCCAUAAUCUCUUUACACCAAAUAUCUGAGAACUAAAUUUCCCUCAAUGUAAAUUGCUUUUUAAAAAUAUAUUUUCAGUUUUUGAAUUUAGUGACACCUCUUCAAACUUGGUCACCGAUAACCAAUCCUCCUAGGUUUGGAAUCUAUAACCUCAAAUGCCAGUCAGUGAUGACGGCUUCACAAUUAAAAUUGCCUUCUUGCUGUUCAGCUGUUACAGACUUAGGUUGUUAGGGUACCUUUAGAAUGUCUAAUCUUUUAUAGGUUGUCAAGAGGUACUAUUUAUCAUAUCACAUACUUUUGGGGCACUGGAACAUACCAGAACUAAAAAUUACUGUGUCUUAUAUUUGUCUUUAUAUAUUAAAAUCAAGAAUCCUAUCUAAAAUAUAUAGGUACCUUUUCUGAAACUUAUUUCCCCCAAACAGGCCAGGAAUAAAACCUUUGAAUAAGAUGUGGGGUAGGGGAUGAAGGCAAGAUCAUUCUGUAUGUAGACAUUAGCCUUUUGUAAAUAUUGUAACUGGUGAAUAUAAAGUAGAAAAUAAGUAUAGUUAUACAUUUGUCCUACAAAUUAUUAACCUUAAAAAAUAUAAUUGCUGCUAAAAAUAGAGUGCUGUUACACUUGAGGAAAAUUGGUGCCACUUUAUAAAAUGAGAUCUUGUGCCAUAAAUGCAGAUGAACUAGAUAUAAACAUUAGUUCACAAAUUAAUGCUGUCAAAGGAAUGAGUAAAUUAACCAUUGACACUUCAUUCUAAAUUAUGUGGUGUGGUCAAACACAAUCAUCCAGAAUGUUUGUUUUUCUUUGUACAGAGGUUAUGUAUUCUGGGAGUUUAAAUUCCACAGAUUGACACUUUCUAUCAAUCUUAAAUGGACUAAGAUUUCUAAGAUAUUUGUUCUCAGUAAUCUCUGAAGUUUCUUUAAAUUACAGACUUAACACAGCAGAGAAACUGGAUUGUUUUUGUAUAUAGGAAUGUGUUCACCUGAAAUGCUGUCACAGUGCUUGUGGGGAGGGGGAGUGGGUAUCUUGUAUAUGACAUUCUGAGAGUUAACAAUGCAUGAAAUUAUUUUAUAAACUCUUAGACUAUGUAUUUGACCUGUAAAAUAUGUACAGUAUUAAUGUCAGCCAUCUCUUAAAAGUGAGCCUAUAAAUAUUGUUGUAUAAUUUCUUUGGUCAGAAACAUUUGGAUGAAGUAGUGCCACUCGAGUCAGGAUUUCUUCAGUGCCAUUUAGCAAACCAGCUAUCUUUAGUCUAUGCAACUACAAUAGUAAAAUUGAAUGAUACAACAGAAGAUUUAUAGUUUUCAUGCUUUAAAUUUCAUGAGGGGUUCUUGGCUAUUCUAGAACCCUUAAAGGAAGGGUUCUAGCAAAAUUAAAGGAAGGGCCCUCAGGAUUUAUUUCUGUUCAGAGAAAAAGCCUACGUUUUCAGGCUCAACAGUUGAAUCUACUAUGGAUAACAAAGUGUCUACUUAUCUCAACCCUCUAAAGGAAGUGUGGGAUUGUCAUUUGUACUUUCUGUGGGGUACUUGGAUAAAAUUGGACAGCGACAGCUAAAAUUUUCAGUCCCAUGUGCCUCCUAAUUAAAAUAAGUUUGUAAAGUGACUUGCAGACACAAAGUAGCAACUAGCCUGCAUGUUGUUGGUUUUUUGGUUUUUGUUACAGGUGAAAUUUUCCAACCAGACAGCUAUUCAAUUUUCCGGUGUUGACCACACAGUUGUAUAAAGAAACAAAACUGAAGGGGGGUGAUUGUUGAAUACACUUGAAUUGCUUUGCAUGGUCUCAUUGAGAUAAUUGGUGUAAGAAUCUUGACUUUUUUUAUAUAUAUAUAUUUGGAAACAUCAAAUAAAAAUGGAAAUAAAGCAUCUUUUUUUUUUU